AUUGCAGCUCAGCCCUCGAAAUUCAAACGUCCUAACGGAUGUUUCCAAUGCUUCAGCCAAUCAGGCUCUGCGAAGUGCCUAUAAAUACCCUGAAGCGCGGUACCGCUGUAUACUGCUUCUACUUCAACUCCGGAGAUGGCUCGUACCAAGCAGACCGCUCGUAAGUCCACUGGCGGGAAGGCGCCCCGCAAGCAGCUGGCCACUAAGGCGGCGAGGAAGAGCGCGCCGGCCACCGGCGGCGUGAAGAAGCCUCACCGUUACCGCCCUGGCACCGUCGCCCUAAGGGAGAUCCGUCGCUACCAGAAGUCGACGGAGCUGCUGAUCCGCAAGCUGCCCUUCCAGCGCUUGGUGCGCGAGAUCGCGCAGGACUUCAAGACCGACUUGCGCUUCCAGAGUUCGGCCGUGAUGGCUCUGCAGGAGGCGAGCGAAGCUUACCUCGUGGGGCUCUUCGAGGACACCAACCUGUGCGCCAUCCACGCCAAGCGGGUCACCAUCAUGCCCAAGGACAUCCAGCUGGCCCGCCGCAUCCGGGGAGAGCGGGCGUAA